AUGAGCACUGGCAACUCAACCACAAUGACGGGGCCCCGAGCUAGAUCUGGGCCACCCCCCACGCAGAAACUCAAGGAUAGUUGCGAUAUGUGUUCAUCAUCAAAGGUCAAAUGCAACAAGGAAAAGCCAGUCUGCAGUCGAUGUUGGAAGCUGGGCUAUCCGUGCUUCUACAGUCCCGCACGCCGCAUAGGGCGCCCACAUCCAAACCGUCGAACCAUCGCUCACAAAUCACCGGAGCCACAGCCUACACAUUCAAGAACCGAGUCUUCUGUCAACACAGGCGCGCCCAAUAAUCCUCAGGACUCUCAGACACUUGGUCAAGAUCCUCGGCCCAGACUAGAAACACAGCCCUCAAUCUAUGACGAAUAUGAAUCCUCUUCGGGAGCUACAUAUGAACCAAAUGCCCUACAUUGGCUCGAUGGGAUGUAUACUUCGACUGGUGGUCUCGAAACAAGCACUACAUCUGCCAUGAAUUGUGGCUCAUACGUCUUCCAUGACGCUUGCAAUCAGAAGCAGAACACGAGUGUUCCACAAUCACCACUAACAGGCCUUGACCUCUUCAACUUGUCCGAUGCUUUGAACGGAGACCUUCAGUGGAUACAAACAUUCCAGAAUCAAAGUGAUUCAAACCUCAUUCCGCUGGAAUUUUCCCCACUACAAAACGUCAGCCAAGGCUCCAGUGCAGCAACACCCGAUUUUAUGGAAAAUAUCUCAUGCGGCCAGAGCACAAUCUCAGAUUCAUCUGAGCCGGAUUGCGUGAUAGGCGCAAUCGACAUCCUCCGUCGUCUCCAAGUUUCUAAUUCAUCCGUCGACGAGACAACAAACAGUUCGCAGAAACAGGAGUUGCCCGCUCGUGUUCAGACCGCUGCCUGGGCUGUCAAUCGGCUAUCGACGAUCCUGGUAUGUCCCUGCUCACGGAAGAUAUACGUGGGGAUUUUGGCGGCUACAGUCUGUAUGGCGAUUAUGGAUAUAUACGACUCGCUAUUUUACUGGUCGUAUGGCAGAAAAGACGGGAACGAGUCGAUCGGUCGAGCUCAGGGUAUCGAUCAGGGGUACUCACUAGGUGUCAAUGUGGACCGCAAUGAGUGCAUUGGAACAGAAUGCGCCGAGUCUGCCGAUUUUGAAUCGGACGAGGGUGAACCUCGCAUCUCAUCAGUACAUAUUCUGGAAGAGCUCUCCAAGCUGGCCAAUGUGGUGAUGCAAUUUGCCUAUCGGUACAAAGGGGAUUCCUGCGCGCAGCCUGUUGGCACACUCACUGCGCUAGCAGACUCACAGAAAUUGCGAUUGAGAUCUAUUACCAAUGACGCAUUUGAGAAGGCGCCGAGAUAA